UCAUAUUUCGAGCUGUGCGUUAUUUUCUUCCAUUUUUAUUUAAUUUUAAUUUUAUUAUUAUAAAAUGGAUCAUCCUGCAUUUGCUGAAGCGGGCAAUGGGCCUGGUAUUGAAGUGUGGACUAUUGAGCAAUUCGAACCUGUGCCAGUCGAGAAGAAAAUGUAUGGAAAAUUCUUCAAUGGUGAUUCAUACAUUAUUUUAAAGACAACGGGCGAAGACACGCUAUCCUAUAAUGCCCACUUCUGGCUCGGCAGCCAAACUACACAGGACAAGAAGGGUUCCGCCGCAAUAUGGACGGUCACAUUAGACGACAUGCUGGGAGGUAAAGCCGUACACCACCGGGAGGUUCAGGGUCACGAGUCCAGUCAAUUCCUAGGAUACUUUCAACCAGCUAUCCGUUAUUUGGAAGGAGGUAAUGAAUCCGGUUUUAACAAUGUGGAGACAAACGCGGGAGCAGAAAAAAGGCUGUUGAGGCUCUCUGGAUGUGACAACAUGAGGAUUGAAGAGGUACCAGCAGAAUCAACAUCUUUGUCAAAAGACCACUGUUUCAUAUUGGAAGUGGAUCAUGACAUCUUCGUAUUAAUGCCUGAAGGUGCUAAAGCAACUCAGAGACGGAAGAUAAUCAGCGUUGCGAACACUUUACGUGAUGAUUACCAUAAUGGAAGAGCUACCAUUGAAAUUAUUGAUGAUUUCUCAUCAGACGAGGAUAUUGCAUUGUUCUAUGAAGCUUUAGGAUCUGGUUCUAAAGAUGAUCUGGUGGAAGCGGAAACUACAGCCCAGACUUACACCAGAGAAGAUAUGACAGCUGUCUACCUCUACCGAGUUCUGACUGGAGAAGAUGAACUAGAUUUGGUAUCACUAAGCAAGCCUUACAAGCAGAGGCAAUUGUCUUCUGGCGAGGUCUAUAUUCUAGACACACCUUGCUCUGGAGUCUACAUCUGGCUAGGUAAAGAACUAGACGAGGAUAUAAAGAAGAACUAUAACGAUAUAGCACAGAAAUACCUGGAUAUGAAGGAAUAUCCUUCUUGGGUCCACGUUACCAGGGUAGCAGAAGGCAAUGAGAGCUGUACUUUCAAACAGUACUUCCAUAACUGGGAGACUGUUGGCACUACAAACUCACGUAUGGUCUCCGAUUCAGAUGCAGGCUAUUUCUCUGGAGACGCUGAGGAGUCUACUGCUGUUGGUAAACUGAUAGGAAAGAGUGCAUCAGCGAGGGGAUAUAUGCCUGAUAGUGGUGAAGGAACUUACAGUAUCAUUCGCAUAUCUGGUGAAGAAGACAUAACUGAACAGAUAACAGAGAAGCCGGUGUUGUACGAUAGCGAUGUGUAUGUAGUGAAGUAUCAGUACGAUGAUAACGGUGAUGAUGCUUAUGUAGUUUACGUUUGGAUUGGAGCGAAUGCAGACCCUUCAGAUAAAGCUGCGGGUAUAGAAAUGGCUGCACAAAUAGAUAUAGAAGAAGAAGCCAAUGUUAAUGUAGUAAAAGUACCGCACGGGAAAGAACCUAAGCAUUUCUUGGCCAUAUUUAAAGGAAGUCUUGCUAUUUUAUAUGGUAGUAAGGAUGAAGAAUAUAAUCCACAGAAUUCAAAAAAAUCUUACGAAGAAGAUGGUGUCAGAUUAUUUAGGGUGGAAGGUACAGAAUUAGAAGUGGACAUGAGAACAGUGCAAGUGCCGGAAACAGCUGAUGUUCUAGAAGAUGAUGAUGUAUUUGUUAUGGAAACACUGGAGAAGAUAUACGUGUGGCAUGGCAAGGAAUCCCAAGAAACGGAACUAGAAGCGGCAAAUAAUUUCGUGCAAAAGGUUCUCGGAGAAGAAAAAGAACUGAUUGUUCUGGAACAGGGAGAGGAAACUGAUGAUUUCUGGGAAUUUUUAGGCGGUGCACCAGAAGAAAAAGAGGAUACAUCAGGAUGGAAGCUGACACUUAACCGACGUGUCACCACUCCGUCGAGUCUGACAGCUGUCACUGUCAGCCUGACAGGCAAGAUUGACUUCGAGGAAUUGCCACCGGAGUUCACGCAACAGGAUUUAUCUGACGAUGGAGUUUACAUCUUAGAUACAGGGGAAGAGCUUUACUUCUGGAAGGGUAAGAAUAUUCCAGAAAGAGUGAGAAUGGCAAAGGAUAGCAUUAUUGAGGAAUACAUAUCUGACGAUGGCCUAGACAGGACUGUGGAUUCAGCUAUCGUGGUCUCUGUGCGUCAAGGCAAAGAGCCUGCGGUAUUCAAAAAGUUGUUCCCAGACUGGGAUGAUGAUAUGUGGGAGAACCAAACAUCUUACGAGGACAUCAAAAACGAAACGAAGGCUGCAAACUCCAAAUGAAUACAUAUCUUUGAUAAUCUGUAUAUAAAGAAAAUAAUAAAUAAAAAGCACUUUCUUUGAUU